AUCAAGUUGAAAAGUUAAGCAGACUGUCAUUGUCAAGAAUGAAUAUUACUAAAAUGUUUGAAUUCACAAAUAUUGACUAUCUUGAGCAAGAAAAUGAUGAUCUAAUCGAUAACUGGCCCGAUUCCGAUCACAUUCAUGUCAACUACGGAUACAUCAGUUCCUUUCUUAGAAUUAUUCUUGUGUUGUUAUGUAGACUUGGAUUCGUCUUAGUGCAGUUAGGAACUAUACCUGUUGAAAAUGUUUAUAGAAUAAUCUUCUACAACAUCUUUGACAUUGGAAAUACCGUUUUAUCUUAUUUGCUGCUCGGAUACAUGAUUUCGUUUGGAAAAUCAAGUUUUAAUGGCUGGGUUGGAUAUUCAAGCGAUUUUUCCUAUAAUCUUGACAUGGCCAUAUUUGGGCUGUGUGCAAGUUUAAUAGGAACAGGACAGAUAUCAACUUUUUUAGCAGGACGAAUUCAUCUUGUGUGCUCUAUGUUCACAACAUUUGCCUACACCGCAUGCUUCCAACCGUUCUUAAUGCACUGGAUAUGGAACCAACAAGGCUGGAUGAAGAAAGCGAUAUUCUUAGACACUGAAGUGUCGGUACAAGAUUUUGGAGGAAAUUUGGUUGUCCAUUUGUCAAGCAGUGUCAUAGGAGCUAUAGGAUCCAUAUUCCUGGGAAGAAGACUUAUAAAAGUAAAAGAUGUAGACGAACAUUCACUAUCGAGAGAACAUUCAGGAAACACGCUAACCGGGCAAAUAUUCAUACUGCUUGGAUAUAUUGCCUUUACCCUGCCAUCGCCAGAUUUUGAAGACAAUCGAGAGCCCAAAAAUUAUAUUGCUAACAUUAUGUUGAACAAUGUGGUUGCUUUUGCAACAGGCAUACUGAUAGUGAGUUUUCUACACCUGAUGAUAUUUCGAAAAAUAUAUAACUAUUGGACCAUUGUCAGAUGCUUCCAAGGUGGUUUAGCCGGAACAAUUGCUGUAGCAGCUGCAGUUGAACUAUAUUCUCAUCUCGAGAGCAUAGUUGUAGCUGCAGUAGUAUCUGUACUGUUUUUCUUCGUUUCUAUCCUUAUUCACAACAGCGCCUUAGAAGAUAACUCCAAUCUAAUAGCAUCUCACCUAAUUGGUUCGUUCUUAGCUAGCUUCAUGUGUCCUAUAGUUGCACAUAGAGCUAAUUUAGACUCGAAUAAGAAAAUUCAUAUAUUCUGGCAAUUUAUUUGUAUUUUGGUGGUGCUAGCUGUUACAGCUGUUUUUGCUUGGCUGAUUUUUUUGAUAUUCGACCUUGCUAAACUUCUAAGAAAUAAGGAAGAAGUUCUCAAUCACCGAAGAGCGACAAUACUCCAGAAGUUUCUACCAAAAAAAGGAACUUUGGAGCGAUUAUUUAUGAUUGAUAGUAAAACAGAUCAUAUCGUUCCUGGGGAAUUAAAUAGAAGACAGUAUGUGAUUGAUAAAACUACAAAUACAGAUGAGAGUAGAGGAUCGGUUUCUAUAUAGGAUUUUACAUGUUUUGUACUUUUUUUGUAUAUAUAGACAAUGGGUUUAUGCAAUUAAAUAUACAGGAAUAGACAAACGAACGCUCA